AUGGCAACCCCCGAGACACACAUCUACCCUCGCCCGGACUUUGAGCGCAGCCCCCUACGAUGGCAAUCGCUCAACGGCCCCUGGGACUUCAUCUUCGACGAUGACGAUAGUGGGCUCUCCAAGCUCUGGCAGCAAUCGGGCCUCCCUAACGAGACCUCGACGGUAACUACCCCAAGCCCACAGGGCAAUACUCAGGAGAGCGACAGCAUCAUGCAGAAGAUCGCCUCCGGCACGCAAGAUUUCAUCAAGGAUAACUUCCUUUCCAAGACCGGGAGCGACAGCCAGAAACUCAACAAGAAGCAACAGAUCAUCGUCCCCUUUGUCUUCCAGAGCCCGGCGUCCGGCAUCAACGACCGCAAUGUCCACGAGGUGCUCUGGUACGAGCGCACCAUUUCCGAUCUGCGAUCCGACGAGGAGAAGGGUAAAGGCCACCGCCUGAUCCUGAGGUUCGGUGCCGUGGACUACCUGGCUACUGUCUGGGUCAACGGCCGGCAUGUCGGCGGCCACCGUGGCGGGCACGUCCCCUUCGAGGUCGAUGUGACCGAUGCUAUCGAUGCUGCUGGUGCCUCCUCCUCGUCUCACAGGGUUACCGUCCGCGUGUACGACUCGGCAUACGAUCUUACCCAGCCUCGUGGGAAGCAGUACUGGGGUGCACAACCCGAGAGCAUCUUCUACACGCCGUCGGGGGGUAUCUGGCAGAAUGUGUGGCUUGAGGUCGUCCCUGCAGCGCGGAUAGCCGAUGCGAGUGGUGGCACGAUUAUACAGUCCCACGAUAUUCACUCGGGGAAUAUCCACAGCACCAUUGCCGUUGCUGGCCGCAGGGCAGGGCAGGAGCUCGCUGUCGAGUUGGAGGCAAGCUUCUUGGGGGUCGAGGUCUCCAAGUCGGAAGCCGUUCGACUCCCCCGCGAAGCUGAUCAUGUCAGCGUGGACCUCGAUGUGCGGCUGUCAGAGGAGAAACAGAAGAGUCUGCCGCAGGCUGUGGUGGGCGCCAAACCCGGUGCCGCUCCGCUGGAGGACGACUUUGCCUGGAGAGACGGCGUUGCCUUGUGGUCACCCGAACACCCCCAGCUGUACGAUCUCACCCUCCGCCUCCUGGACGCUUCCGGCCUCGUGCUGGACGAGGUCAAGACCACGACGGGCAUGAGAUCCAUCGGCUGGACCAAGGGCGACGGCCACUGGCGCCUGAACGACAAGCCGUACUUCCAGGCGCUGUGUCUCGACCAGGGCUACUGGCCCGAGACGUUCAUGACGCCCCCGUCCGCCUCGAGUCUCAAGGCGGACAUCGAGCUCGCCAAGAGGAUGGGGUUCAACGGGUGCCGCAAGCACCAGAAGGUCGAGGACCCCCUCUUCUAUUACUGGGCGGACAGGCUGGGGUACCUCGUCUGGGGGGAGAUGGCCAGCGCGUACCAGUACAGCCAGCUGUACGUCGAGAGGUUCGACCAGGAGUGGGAGGAGGCCAUGCGGUUGGUCAUCAACCGCCCGUGCGUCGUGACCUGGACGCUGGUGAACGAGAGUUGGGGGUAUACGGCCCUGAAGGAGAAUGUCGAGCAGCGGAAUCAUAUUCGAUCGCUGUAUUAUCAAACCAAGACUCUUGACCCGACCCGUAGCAUCAACGAUAACUGCGGCUGGGAGCAUGUCAUCACCGACCUGACUACAUUCCACGACUACGCCGACGGUCCCGAACUCGAAAAGACCUGCGAGAGCCUCGAUGCGAUCCUGGGCCUCAAGGCGAGGAGAGAUCUCUUCGUCCGCGAGAUCCCCGGCAGAGACCCGGGAGCCAAGCACCUCACCGGGGCACCCAUCAUGUGCACGGAGUUUGGGGGCGUCAACAUUGCUGCGGCUGCUGUGCCAGGCGAGGGUAAGGAGCGGGACUGGGGCUACACGACGGCAAGCGACCCGGAGGAUCUGCUGAAGCGGGUGAGCAGGCUGGUAAAGGGGGUGACCAAAGGUGGCCACUGCUGCGCCUUUGUUUACACACAAUUGACUGAUAUUGAGCAAGAAGCGAAUGGCUUGUAUUCAUUCGACCGUAAGGAAAAGCUGGAUUCGGCCAAGGUCCGAGCUUUGAUGGAGGAGGCUAUCCAGCUCUACUAUGACCGCAUUAAAUGA